UUUCUGCUGUUGUGCAAAUAGGAUAGAGCUUUGAAAAAUCUUUGCUGUUAUGUGAAUCAGAUCCUCUCAAUGACUGCAUAAAGAUUUGAUACCCACCUGAGGAAAUGUUCCAGAUCCUCACCGUGCUGUUGCUGGAAAUGCAGCUCUCCAUGGUUUCAGCUUUAUUUACAGUUGAAGUUCCUCAACAGCUCUACAUUGCAGAGUAUGGCAGCAACGUGACCAUGGAAUGCAGAUUCUCUCUGAAUGGCUCAGUAGAUCUGCGACUCCUGACUGUUAUUUGGGAGCAGAAAAGGCAGGACUCAUCAAAAUCAAAAGGAGUGUACACACUCCGCAAUGGGAAGGUGGUCCCUCCAUCCCAAGAUCCUGAUUACAUAGGAAGAGCAUCACUUCUACACAGUGAACUGAAGCUGGGACGAGCCAUACUUCAGAUCACCAAGGUGAAGAUCACAGAUGCAGGAUCAUACCUUUGUCUCAUUGAUUACCAGGGUGUGGACUACAAGUACAUUGCUUUGGAAGUAAAGGCAUCUUACAAGAGAAUAAACACUCAAGUAAUGAGAAAAACAGAUGAAGACAAGAUUGUUUUUAUGUGCCAGUCAGAAGGCUUUCCUCUGGCAGAGGUUUUCUGGCGGAACGAGAAGAGCUUCAACCUCAGUGGACUCGCAAAUACCACCUAUACACUGACUGCAGAUGGCCUCUACAAUGUCACCAGCACCUUGACACUGAAACCAAAUACAAAUGAGAACUACACCUGUGUCUUCUGGAAUAAAAAACUGAAUGAAGAAACUUCAGCUCACUUAGCUUUAAUGAGUGCACAGUAUAGCAGACAAAAAUUGGUGAUGUCAUUUAUCAUCCCCACAUGUGUGACUGUAGCUGUUCUACUCUCUGCACUAAUAAUAUUUCAGAAGAGAAAAACAUUCCAGAAUGGGCAACCCAGAAAAGAAAAGAAAAGAAAACGGAACCCUAGCCUGAAAGAUGAGAACAGUGAUGAUUUGAACCCUCAGACUGAGGCUUUAUACUUGCCAACUGUUACAGCUUCAAGAGACAGUGGGAUUGUGGGUCUGUGAAAAUUCUUCAUCUUAGAUGCCAUAAUUUGCACUUCUUGUAUCUGUUUUUGGGGACUUCAGAAGAAAAUUAUAGCACUUUAGCCUUGGGAUAAGCAAUGAACUCACGGGGAUGUAUUUGUACUGCAGCAACGGAAAGCCAUGCUUCCUCAGAUUCCAUAUCUUGAAGUUACUGAGAAUUGUGGUGUCAUGAAAUGUGGUUUACCACUGUGAAGAGGCCAUCUGACUGCCUUUGAUACACUUUAUUUUUGGACUUAGUAUUGCUCAAGGGCUUUUGUUUAAGAACGCGUUUAUUAACGGUUUCAGCCUCAGGAAUGGUGCUUGGAUUCAAAAAUCUUGUGAAAUUCAAAUAAA